AUGUAUGAAAACUCGUCAGUGACGUUAGCCGAGUUUGUGCAUUCGGACGGAACAAGAGUGACGGACAAGAUCAUCGGAGUAGGUGGAACUGGCAUUGUGAUCCAGAAGGGCCAGUAUGCAAUUAAGAUCCCUCGACUCACCAGGGAAUUCGACGACGAUGGAGGUGUUGCAUUAGACGAAAGCAUGGCUCCCAAAGAGGGCGAAUAUGACCUACUGGCUGAUCUUGUCGGCUCAUUGGAGCGCGAGCGCGCCAUAUACAAACGACUCGGCAGUCACCCUAGCAUCAUGCGAUGCUAUAACUUAUCCUCGGCUGAUCCUUCGAUUCAGAUGGAUCUUAUCGUGAAUGGUGAUCUUCGACAUUACUUGGCCGCGCUCGACACACCCCCGGGAAAAAAGACGCAGCUGUCCUGGCUUAUCAACAUGGCACAGACACUGGCAUAUAUCCAUCAGCGACGUGUUAUAGUCGCCGAUAUCCGCUUGGACAAUCUGUUGGUUGAUGACCAAUUAGCCAUCAAGUUCACUGAUUUCGGAGAAUCAACACUAAUGCCCCUUCAUUGGGACCUCCAAGGCGAUGACGGGGAUGGCUACUCAAUUUUGACCGAUAUUGGGCAAUUUGGCGCAAUAAUGUUUGAGAUUGUAACCGGUCAACGUUGCAAAUUCGAUCCCAUGCAGGACUGGAAGGAUGUAGGCGACCCAAUAACUUUGCCGACACGAGACACUAUACCAUCAACGAGUAACGUAUGCCUCGGCCAUAUCAUCGAAAAGUGCUGGACCCAAGAAUUCGGGUCUACAAACAACCUCGUAGUAGAGCUACAGAGUAUGGUUGUGGAUGAAGAUUGA